UCAGCCGAAUAAAAAGGCGGGGCUACUGAGUGGCGAAGAAGCGGUCUGUGUUUUUCCUCAGUUGACUCUGAACAUUCCCCUCAAAGUGGACAUUAAACUACUUUUUUGGAGCGUUUGUUUUCAGGCAUGCUUCUAUCUACACGCUAAAGAUGCACACCACACGAAGCCCCUCCUCCAUCUCAGCGAUCCCCCCGGGAGACGCCUUGGACCUCAGCUUGUCCGGCUCCCAACUUUCCAUCAGCAAAAGACCCAGCAGCGCCUCUCCUGGGAAGUACUUCUCUCGCUCCGUGUCGGUGUCUGUGGCGUGUGAGGGCAGAGGGAAACGCAACACUGUGAGCGAUGCCUUCGGAAGCUCCCGCUCCAUCAAGAACCUGCGGCGAUCCAACAGCACCACUCAGGUCAACCAGCAAGCCCACGCCACUCUGAGUCAGGACCAGAGCGGCGACUACUUGACCCUGCUGGACAGCGGCGCCAACAGCCCGAAGAAGCUGGGCGGUCUCGGCAAGGCGUCGCCAGACAGAACCACGUGGAACAUCCUGGAUGACCAGCCUCGAGCGCCCACCCUGCUGUCAAGUGCCCGUAGCAGCGCCAGCGCAGACUCGCCGACCAGCCUCAAGAGAAGAGACCCCGUCGCCUCUUUGGGGGCCACCUUCACCGCCAACAAUAGGAGUAACAAGGGCGCCGUGGGGAACUCGGUCACCACCAUCUUGCACAACAACCACGCAGAGAAGCCACUCACACCUAAAAGCUCCAACCAGAGGCCGGCCUUCAAUAACAUCCUGAAGGCCACAGCCAAUGAUGGCGUGUCUUUGGAGAGCAGCUCCCUCACCAAAUCACAGAAGAACUUCUCCUCCACGUCUUCCAACAACAAAAGUCCAGCCCCCCAGCGAGGCAGCCCGGUCCUGCCGCGGCGCAAGGAGGUCACGGAGGAGGAGGCAGAAAGGUUCAUCCAGCAGGUGAACCAGUCCGCCGUCACCAUCCAGCGGUGGUACCGACGUCACGCCAGGAGGCGGCGCGCUAACCAGGCAGCGCUCAGACACGUCCUGGCCAGUAAAAGAAAGGAGUGGCAGGAGCGAGCGGAGGCGGAGGGUCACCUGGAGCAGCCCCGAGACGACAGGAAACAGAUUCGCGAGGAAAAAGCUCGCCAGGCGCGCCUCGCCGCGAUCCAGGAGCUGCAGCAGAAGAGAGCCCAGCAGCGGGUCACGGAGGCGGAUGUGGAAAAUGGCGGGCCGAGUGGUGCGGAGGGACGCAGGAAGCCGGCAAAGAUUUACCCAAGCAACAGAGGUCCAAACUCACCCGCCAACAUCGGCCCGAUGUCCCCGACAGACGUCAAAGCCAACAACACAGAUUUCCAUCUGAGUGUUGUAUCUGACUUCAGCGAAGUGGGCUUCAGGACGGUCUCUCCGGUUCUGUCCAAUCACAGAGUCUCACCGUGUUUCCAGGAGCUUGACGCCGCCGCAGAGGAAGACGUUGGCGUGGAGCAGCAUCAGGGCAACGACAGGAAGUUGACUCGUCAGGCGAAAGCUCAUCUGUCUCGCCUCGCAGUCACCCGGUCGAGCGCUUGUGAUGAGCUGCAGCAGGCUGCAGAGACGGAGCUGGAAAACCGGAGACCGACUGGAAGCAAGAAGAUUUUACUCAGCAACAGAGGUCCAUCUUCACCGAGGAACAUCAGUCCCAUGUCAGCGAUAGAUGUCAAAGCCAAGAACACAGACUCCAAUCUGAACGUUCCGGCAGACUUUGUUGACUUCUCCUGCUUCAGAGCUGUCUCGCCACCGUCAUCCAAUCACAGAGGUUCUCAGUGCUCCCAGGAACUUCCCGUGAGGUCUUUGGGUGGCGAGGACCAGCGGCAGGCGGCUUCAUCCAGCAUGGCGUCCAAGUCCACGCUCAAUGACCUGCUGGACACGCUCAAGCUGCUGGAGGCGGAGCCUGAGCGUCUGUCUCAGCCCAAAUGUUACAGCAAAGAAAAAUACGCUUGGACCGAUGAGGACGGUGACGGCAACUCUCUGACCGCUGACAACCUGGAGCGUCACGGGCAGCUCAGCCUGCCGCCGUCGGACGGGGCGGCACUGCUGUCCGAGGCCAAGCUGCAGAGCAUCAUGAGCUUCCUGGAUGAGAUGGAAAAGUCGGAGCAGGAGCGUCCACGUUCUGCCACCUCGGGGUCACAGAGAGAGGCUGUCUUCAUGGAGGAGGAGCUCGCUGGGAUGGACCAGGCGUCUGCCACCGCCGCGGAAGUGUCCGGAUCCAUCAUGAGGAUCAAGAUGGAACUGGAGGAGAAGAAACGUGUUGUUCUCAUGCUGCAGAACGCUCUGGCCCAGCAGAGGGAGCUGACGGUCCAACAUGUAAAGGAGACGGAGAAAGAGCUGAGCCGCAACCUGCAGCUGCAGAGGGACCAGUAUGAGGCGACGGUUCAGAGGCACCUGGCCUUCAUUGACCAGCUGAUCAGCGACAAAAAGGCUUUGAGUGAGCGAUGUGAAGGCGUCCUGGCUGAACUGAAGCAGGUGGACCACAAGUACACCAAAAAGAUCUCGCAGAUGCAGGAGCAGCAUGAAAUGGUUUGGCAAAUCCUGGGUCCGCUGUGCGAGGAAAUCAAGAAGCUGAAGGAGUUGAUGAGUGUCACUGAGAAGAUCCGGCGAGAGAAAUGGAUCGAUGAGAAGACCAAGAAGAUCAAAGAGAUCACAGUCAAAGGUUUGGAGCCGGAAAUCCAGAAGCUGAUCUCCAAGCACAAGCUGGAGCUGAAGAAGCUGCGCGCACUUCACGAGGCCGAGCUGCUGCAGGCCGAGCAGCAGGGGGCGCAGAACUGCGCUCGCCAGUGUGAGGGGCUCCGCCAGCAGCUGGAGAAGGAGAAGGAGGAGCAGUGCCAGAAGGAGCGAGUGCUGGCCAAGCAGAGCUUGGAGAAGCAACUUCACGAGGAGGAGAUCUCCCUGCAGCAGCACAGGAGGCGUCUCCACAAGGAGGUGGCCGAGGAGAAGGAGCGGCUGGCACAGCUAGCGGCCAGGCAGCACUGGGAGAUGGACGAGCUGCGGCGGCAGAUGGAGGAGAAUGCCAGCGCGGCCGGUCGGCUCCUCAAGGAGGAGCUGGAUAAGACCAGAGAGGAGCAGGAGAGGAGACACCAGGCGGAGAUGAAGACGCUGCAGGAACACUUUCAGCAGGACAAGAUGAACUGGGAGGAGGAGUUCAGUAAGAAGCAGGAGGCAGGGCUUCUGAGACGUGAGCGCGAGCUCAGAGAGGAGCUGCGUCGGGAACGCGACAAGGAGAUCGAGCUCGCCAUCUGGACGCUGGAGGAGGAAACCAACAAGGACAAGGAGGAGAGCGAGAGGGUGGCUGAAAACAGGGUGAAGCGUGUGCGGGAGACGUACGAGGUGGAGCUGAAGGAGCUGGAGCGCUCGCUGAGGGCGGCGGCGGAGAAGCAGCAGGAGAUGAGGAGGCAACACUCUGAGACGGAAGAGCAGCUGAUGCGAGCGCAGGAACUGCUCAGCCAGAAAGAAGAAGAGCUGGAAAACGUCACACAAAGCCGGGACCAGAUGCUAGCCGAGCGCCGCGGCCUGACCGAAGUCAUCCGACAGGAGUUUGCCGAGCGCCUGAGAGCGGCGGAGGAUGAGAAGCGGAGGUUGAACGUGGAGGUGUCGGAGGCGCGAGCGAGGCUGCAGCAGGAGGUGGAGAGGGUGACCAAGGAAAAGGAGGCGGAGCUUGACGAAGUCCACCAACGAGUGAGGUCGGCCAUCUUGAAAAAAGAAGAAGCGGUCAGCGCUUUGCGGAGGCAGCACGAGGCUGCUCUGAAGAGGGCGGAACACCUGGAGGCGCUGUGGGAGGAGCAAAGGAGGCAGCUGCUGGCCCCGCUCCUUCCCCCGUAAACGAGUAUAUGGUGUCAUGCCCCCACCUGCACCCCCCACCCCAACCAUGUUUACCUUCUGUUGGGACUGACCCGGGCCAUGAAGUCACUGCAGCGCCGCCCCUUCCCCCAUGGCACCAAGAACGCCUCCGUGUUACCCACAGAACGUUUCCAGAUGUUUCUGAACCAGCCCAGGCAGGCCUGCUGGGUGGAGGUGGGCGGGUGGUGCGGUCACAAUGACUCAUGUGUUGCGUCCCCAGGGGGGCAGCGCAAAGAUCAGAAAGUUUCCAGAAUGUAGUUGUUGUGGGAAGAAAAGGACGUGUCGGAGACGGCGUGCUUGAAGGUCACAUGUUUACACUGUGGCCUUCAACCGGCGUGAAGCAGGGAGAAGAAUGUGUGGUUAAAAAAAGAAAAAGGUUUAGGAGGACAGAUUACGUGACCAUGAUUGUCAAUGAAGGACACGGAGGCUCCGCCCAUCCAGUGCUGGAAGUGAAGUGUGUCAUUUAGCGUCUAUUUAUUUUUUUUGAGCUGAACCACAACGUGGAAGGGUUCCCAGACUCCAGAAGAAGACGAUUUGAACUCCCAACAUGAUGCAAUGUGUUAGCUUUUACACUGUAUUACUACAAGCCAUCCUAUGUGACAGACAUUGUGGGGUCAAGGGCUAUUUUUUGAAUAGCCCUAAUAGUUUCAGAGCUGUUUUGUCAAAUCUGCACACACCACAUGUUGUCCCUUUUUAGCAGGAAGCUGCCAUGUUGUGAUAAAGGACUCUGCUUUCCCUGCCACUUCCUCUUGCCAGGCUGUCAACACGCAAACCAAAGGUGGUGUCGUUAAAUUUGUCAACACUUUUCAGCAGCCGAUCUUGACAAAAGUAACAUUUUCUGAAUUUUUUAUUAUUUUUUCCCACCAAAAUGCCAAGCAAAACUGCAUGCUUGUAUCAUAGUUUUCUUGGUUGGUAGACUGUCAUAUCUUCAUAAAGUCAUCAGUGGAGAAACAGACAUGAAUUAUGGUGUCUUGUGAAUUCACGUCACCCCCAAAUGUAUCAGAGUAAUCCGUCUGUUUGUGAUGGUCUGUACCAAUCCCAGUUGACUUGCUGGAAAUGAAGGACCACAUAGGCAUGACUCAUUUGCACACAGAUAAUGUCAUGUUGAUGACCGAUGUGAUGAUUUGAAAGUCAGACAGGUUUUAUACGCCCUCACUGCGAAAAUUUGUUUACGUUACGUUUAUUAAUACUGACUCCUACUUCGUGGAAAACGUGAUAAAGGGGGACGACUGCAUAGAAUCCUCUAUCUUUGCAGUCAAAUUAGUGCAUUUGACUUGCUGCUCUCCAGCUGUCACCGCCCUCCCAACAAAAACGCUGUCUUUUCCUUUAUGGAAGGGUGGCAGCGGCAAGCACCUUCCAGCUCACGUACGCCCGCACCCCUCAGGAUGAAGUGAGUACUGCAAGUGCUUAGUGUUUGGGUACAGAGUAUUAGAGAGUUAAAAAAAAGACAAGAAUAAAGUGGUACUGUUACGUUUCAUUGUGUCAUACGAAAAAUAGAACAUAGUUCUUCAGGAAGGAAGGAAACUUUCCUCUUUUGCUUCAGGCAAGCUUUUAUUUAUAACGUGGCAGCAAAACAGCAGAUUAGCAUGCGUUAGCAUCAUCUCACUUCCGCCUUCCCUUCCCCGCCCCCUCCACACAAGUCCCACUUUUCAUAGCUGUCUCAGGCAAUGCCUGUAACAA